AUGGGAUUAAUUAGACCAAGGGAAAGAGUAAUUAUUAAUGCAAUAAGAAGAGAAAGUAGAAUAAAAUAUAAGGCAAAACGUAUGCACAAAAGAUUUCGCUCAUGGGCCCAACAAAGAGUUCGAGAAUAUUGGUUACCUAUGAAUGUUUGCUUAACAAGCAAUGUAAAAUUAAUGGAUGGUCAAUAUAUUUCUGCAUGUGUUCAGAAAGCAGCUACACUAAGAAAACAUGAUUAUGAAUUAUGGAGAAGAUACAGUGAAAGAAUUUUAGAAAUUUCCGAAACUUUGACUCCCCAACAAAUUGGUUAUAUUUUUUAUGGAAUGGGUAAAAGUAAAUUUUUAAACACAGAAUUUUAUGAUAAAUUUUUAACUUCAGUACAAAAUAAUUUGGACAGUUUUUAUAGUCAUCCGUUAAUGUGUGUAGCGUGGUCCCUAAAUAGAGUAUUAAUAAGAAAGGAAGAAUUUUUCAAAGAAUUUUGUAAAAUUGUUAUUAAUAAAUUUGAUGAUAUCAGAACAAAAGAUUUGAUUAAAAUAAAUACAUCUAUCGCAAAACUAAGCAUUCAUGACAAAAAUUAUAAAAACCAUAUAAAUAAAAAUAUGAUAAAUAAAUUAGAAGUAAUAUUUGCACAAGAUUUUCGAAAUGUAAUAAAUGAUGUUACAUUAAUUAAUUUAUAUGACGAUGAAGUUAAAAAAUAUAUAUUAACAAGAUUCAGUAAUAUGUUCAUAUGUGCAAGACCACAACAUUAUAAAAAUGCAUAUAAAUCAGCAGUUGCAGUAAGAGUAUUAUUUCCUCAUGUAUGGGAUUCUUUGACAAAUAAAGUAAAAAGUUUUUAUGUUAGAUUAAGUAUGAGGAGAAUUCCUGAAAUUUCUAGAAAACCGUCUGAAUUUCAAUGGGAAGUUUCUGACUGUCUAGCUAAAUUGGGUAUUAGCCAUAGAAACACUUUUUUAUGGGGAUGUUAUUUUAUAGAUAUUGGUGAAACUAACGAAAAAAGAAAUUGUUGGUUUAUUGAUGGUCCAACCUGCUUUUAUACUUCAACUAAUCAAUACACAGAAAGUGUAAAAUUACAGCAUAGAAUUUUAUACGAUUUAGGAUGGAAUAUUAGACGUAUUGUAUGGUUAGAUUGGAUAAAAUUUGGAAAUGAUAUAAAUAAAAAAGUAGAAUAUGUUAAAUAUCUUAGAGAAAAGGAACCUUUAGGAAAAAAUUUAGAUCAUUUCCCAAAUAUAAGUGUUGACAAUAUAAAAAAUAAAUUAAAGGAACUAAAAUUAUAUAAAAUUCAAAAAGAAAUUGAAAAAACAAAAAAUGAACCCAAAAUAUAUCUUUCGUUGUAA